CUGUAACUGGUUACCUAAUUUCACAAUUUACAGACACUUGUUCUUCUUUAAUAUAUAGACAUCGGCUUGUUCUUAUAUUGAUAAAGUGGUAUCAACCAAUAAUAUACCAGACAGACAGACACAGACAGAAACCUGUCAUUAUCAUAAAUUUGAAAUUUUCUCAAGUUUGAACAAAGUAGUUACUGUUGCAAAUUGAAAAGUACCUAAAAAAACACUGCGAAUAGUCGGUGAGUCAACCACCUCCAACUUGACAACUUUCACUCCUUUAAAUCAUUCAUUCCUUUUACAAUCAGCAUGUCUUCAGUCAUAAUACAAUCUCAGGAAGCAGUGCUUCCUAUGACCACCCCUUCUAGUAAUUCUAAUCCAAUUUCAAAUUCAUCGUCUAUACCUCGCUCAGUCAAUACAUCAUACGAUUUACCCAUACAAGGGCAAGGACAAGGACAAAUUCAAGCACAACAAAUACAACAAACACAAAUACAAACACAAGCACAAACUCAAACUCAAAUACAAGAAUCUUCAUCUUCAACUAUGAAUCCAAAUAUGGUAAAACGAGUACAUCGUGAAGUAAGAUUUGGUAAUUAUAUUCUAGGAUCAACUUUAGGAGAAGGAGAAUUUGGUAAAGUCAAAUUAGGUUGGAGAAAAGAUGGGAAAUUACCAAAUCAAGUUGCAAUUAAAUUAAUUAAAAGAUCAACUAUAAUGAAAGAUUCAGAUAGUGAAGUUAAAAUUCAUCGAGAAAUAAAUUCUCUUAAAUUAUUAAAUCAUCCAAAUAUUGUUAAUCUUGUAGAAGUUAUGAAAAGUGGGAAAUAUAUUGGAAUUGUAUUAGAAUAUGCUUCAGGUGGUGAAUUAUUUGAUUAUAUUUUACAUCAUAAAUAUUUAAAAGAAAAUGUAGCUAAAAAAUUAUUUGCUCAAUUAGUUAGUGGAGUUGAUUAUAUGCAUUCAAAGGGUUUAAUUCAUCGUGAUUUAAAAUUAGAAAAUUUAUUAUUAGAUAAACAUAAGAAUGUUAUAAUUUCUGAUUUUGGAUUUGUAAAUUCUUAUAAUAAAGAUAAAAAUGAUUAUAUGAAAACUAGUUGUGGAUCUCCAUGUUAUGCAGCACCAGAAUUAGUUUUAACUCAAUCACCUUAUGAAGGUAGAAAAGUUGAUAUUUGGUCAUUAGGAGUUAUAUUAUAUGCAAUGUUAUCAGGUUAUUUACCAUUUGAUGAUGAUCCAGAAAAUGAAGAUGGUUCAGAUAUUGUAAGAUUAUAUCAUUAUAUUUGUAAAACUCCUUUAACAUUUCCUGAAUAUGUUUCACCAUUAGCAAGAGAUUUAUUAAGAAAAAUAAUUGUACCAGAACCUAAAAAGAGAAUUAAUAUGAAUGAUAUAAGAAAUCAUCCAUGGUUAAGUCCUUAUGCCAAUUUAUUAUCUAUAAGACAACCUGAAUGGGAUAAAAUUCAUAAAAAUCAAUCAAAUCCUUCAACUACAAAUAAUAAUAAUUCUUUACCAUCAAAUUCAAGUUCAACUUCAUUAUUAAAUCAAAAUAAGAGAUUUUCAAUGAUAAAUGAAAGAACUAAUUCAUCUGCAUUAAUUAUAUCAAAUGAUUUAUCAUCAGUUUCAACUGUUGGAACUCAUGGUAGAUCAUAUUCAUCAACAAGUAUUACUCAAUUAUAUUCAUCACCAUCUAUUUCUUCAUCAUUAGCUAAUGCAGUAGCAUCACCAAAACAAGAACCUUCAAAUGGUCCUGGUGAAGAUUCUGCUGCAACUGCAUCAAUUAGAUCAGUUUCUCCAACUAAAUCUUCAAAUCGUGGUCAUACAAAAUCUGCAUCAGUUUCAAAUUCUUAUCCAUCAGCAAGUAUUGCUCUUAAAGCUGUUGUUAAAGAAAAUAAUUCAAGAUCAUCAUUUGAUUCACUUCAACAACCAAUAUUUACUCCACCUCCAACUACUUCAAAACAUCCUCAUUUUGCUAAUUCAGUUAAUCUUCAAAGAUCAAAUACAUAUACUGGUACUGCUAUUUCUACUAUUGUUGAAAGUCCAAUAAAACAAACUUAUAAUUCUGAUGAAUCUAAUUCAACUAUUGCAUUAAAUUCUCAACAAAUUUCAUCAGUAUUAUCUCCAUCAAAUCCUUCAUCAAGAGAUUCUAAUAGAUUACCUCAUACAACUAAAAAACCAAGACCAACUUCUUAUCAUCCAUCUUCAAUGUCAUCAUCUUUAAUGACAAGUAAUUCUGGAUCUUCAAUGUUAUUAGAUUAUAUUAAAAUCCCCAAUGGAUUACCAGUUCCUCAAUUUUUAUCUUCAUCUCCUACUAAAUCAAUUCCUCAAUCUGAUUCAGGUGAUGUUGAUUCAAUUAGUCCAUUAGGUAAAUCUCCAAAGAAUUCAAAUCCAUCUCGUAGAAAUUCAGUUGUCACUCAUAUUCACGUUAAUGGCGUGUUAAGUAAUGAAACUAUAGCUUCUAUGCAAUCUCCUGAUUAUAAUAAGAGAAAUUCUGUCUUAAGUUAUUUAGAAGAUAAGAUUGAUACUUUGGAAUUAACUGAACUGAUUAGUCCAGUUAAAACUAAUUUUACAACAGAUCAAUUGCCAACUACUGUAACUCCACAAAUUAAUCAAAAACCAUCAUUUGAUACUCAAACAAGUUCUCCAACAAAAGAUCAAACUGAAAAGGAAAUUGAUAAUGAUAUUGGUCAAACCAUUCCAGCCAUUGUUUCUGUAGUAGUUCCAGAAAAGCAAAAAGAUUUAGAUAAUUCAGUUCAAAUGGUUCAAGAAAAGUCUCUGGAAACAGUUGAUGAUGUACAAGCAUCAGUAGCACUUUCAGCUGUAGUACCAGCACCAGUACCAACCCAAGCACCAAUUGUAAUAGAAUCACCAUCAUCAGCAUCAACACCACCAAAAGAAGUAGUUAAAUCUCAAGGUCCACCCGUUAAGGCAAGAGAAUCUAAUAAAGAAAAUAGAGAAGUUAAAGAGGCCAAGAAACGGAAUAGAUUUAGUUUAUUAUCAUUCUACAGUACUUAUCAUUCAUCUUCAUCUAAUGUAUCAUUACUUAAUACUCCUCCUACUUCAUCAACUAAUUCUAAAAAAGUAUUAGAACCAUCUAAUGAUAUUAAUAUUGGUAAUACUCCUUCACCUAAAGAUCAAAAGAGAAUUCAUUCUAAUUCUUCAACCCAAUCUAGAAAAUCUAAUCAUUCAACAUCAACAUCUUCGCGCGAAACAUCUCGAGAUUCAAGUGCGGCAAAGAAAGUUAUGGAUUUCUUUAAAAGAAGAAGUGUUAGAAUCGGUUAGAAUCGGUUAGAUUUAAGUUAUGAUUUUUUUUUUAAAUUUGCAUUUUAAAUGUGUUUUUCAUGUUAUAAUAUCAUCUAUUUUUAUAUAUUCUUCAUUGUUUAUGUUUAGUUUAAUCUUGUGUGUAUUUAAUAAUAAUUGUUAAGGUUUAUA